AUGCCGGGGCUGGAAAAGGACGAAGAGCAAGGUCAUGGACUACAUGAUGCUGGCGUCGAUCCAGAGUUGGGAAUGACCCCAGGACCGAUACCCACACCGACAACGACAACCGCGAGCACGACCCCGCCGCCCUCCUCCAAUAAGAGGUCGUUUGGCUGGGGCGUGAGUUCCCGACCGGCGAGCGGUGCUACCUCGAUAUUGCCUCAGGCGAGAUCCCCAACAAGAUCCUCCUUCCCGGGAUCCAGGUUGUCCUGGUUCGAUGGGCCAGGGAGAAAGUCGUUCAAGGCCCGAUUCCUACUCGUAUGCACUGCCGCGUGGGUGCUGUGGCAGCUCGUCGUCGGCAUUCCUGACAGCGCGUCGAGGCGCGCUCGGACACGCGCUAUCACGAAGCGGGCUUUGAUCGGAUUCGAGUCGAUCGAGCGCCGAACGCAAGUUCUACCCAAGGACAUAGCAGGAGAGAGAACUUGGUGGCCCAUCGAAGAUCUACUUGAACAUUCGCUGCUCGCAAAACACCCCUCGCCGAAUUGCAACCUCAAUAUCUACCAAAAGGAUCGCUACGCGCCUCUGCUGUCCCGGUAUCGGUAUCGGGGUCCGCAUUUCUACCACAACAACACAGAUUGGACCGUCGUACCGCACUACUUGCCGCGCAAAAAGAUCACGUACUUCAUCGCCAUUAACCUUAUCAAUUCGGACUACGUCCUCCCGGCUUUAAUCAGGGUUUUCUACACCGUCCUCUCUGCGCUCGGCCCUUCGAGAUUUCAUGUGUCAAUUUACGAGAAUGGAUCAACCGAUACAACGCCAGCUCAGCUCUACCUCUUCGCGAUGGUACUUGAUCGGCUCGGAGCUGGGUACACGAUACACUCGGACGCUGCGAAAGCGGGAUUCCCCGCUGGAGCGAGGAUCAAGUCACUCGCCAAUUUGCGCAACAAGGCACUCCAACCCCUGCUCGACGCACCGAAAGGAACGUUCGAUCGCGUCCUCUUUAUCAACGACGUGCACUUGUGUGAAAGUGACCUGUUUGAAUUGAUGCUGCAACACGAGGUGCAAGACGCCGACAUGAGCUGCGGUAUGGACUACAAGUCGCUCGAGAUCAAGGAGUUUGCGCCAAACUAUCCGGUCAUUUUUUACGACGUUUGGGUAGCUAGGGACAUGCUUGGACUGUGAGUGUUCACCUUGUUUCGUCAGCCUCAUCUUCUCUGACACUAAUGACGGGAGAUAACGAAUCUAAUCACACUACAGACCCUUUUACAACAUAUCAUAUCCUUCGGGAGCCUGGGAUCUACCGGGAGGCGCUCGACCGAUGCCCCUGUCACCGGACCGCUUCCGCUUGUACGACCUACAGCCCGUGCAAGUCUUCUCAUGCUGGAAUGGUGUGACCAUCAUCGACGCCGAUCUGUUCGUGAAUCCAAGACACGCGCUUCGGUUCCGUGAUGAUGGCGAUACCGAUCGGCAGAGCGAGUGCUACCUGUUUUGCUCUGACCUUUGGAAGACCACCUAUUCGCCCUUCUCGUCCGAUGGUGACCCUCAAGACGGUGGCCGCGGCGCUCGUAUCCAGGUCGUGCCUCGAACGGUCGCGACCUAUCAACAUUAUGAGUACGGGCAGGUGCGGCAGGACAAAAAUACGACCGCCUUUGAGCAGGAGGGCUGGCUCAGGGACAAGAACAAUUUGGACGAGCUGAUCGAAUGGAAGAGGUACCCGCCGCGGCUGAUCAAUACCUAUGAAUAUGGUGCGUUUCUUUUCAAACCCAGUGGCUGUCGACAAUCACUGACUGUUUGAUUUCUCCACGUGCUCGCUGCUCGCUGGUCAUCUGGUCACGCAGCUGUCUGGAGUAACAUGGUACGUGGAUGAACUUGCUACCGUCGCUCCGCAGGCUUGAUUCAUGCGCUUACAUUGAGCCUCUCUCGCUUCCUUUGUCCGCAGACCCGCACACCACCCUUCACUUGAUAUCAGCGCGGCGAUAGCAGUGUUCAAUGGCAACCUCUGUAACCUUAUGAAGUAGAAUGUCUGUAUGUCAGUCUUGUUGCAACACGUCGUGACUUUUAGCGCAGCGCCCACGCCGUUCCACGAGAAGAAUGGCCUCCUUUCCACCCCUUCUCCGCGACGAAUAUCGAUCCUUCUCCAGAAGACGACUGCUUCCGACCCAGGUUCGGACGGAAGAAGCACGUCUCUAUCCGCACCCGAACGAAGACUAUCCUUCAUCGAAGGCACCAUUUAA